GUUUCUGUGAGUACCAUACCACACGAACCCCUAGUUACUCGCUAGCUGCGGCUAGCUGCUCCAACCUGAAGCCCCCUUGGAUUUGUAUGGAAGCGGUCAGUAUCACCAGUGAAGUUCCCGUUCCUCCGUGACAAUGGAGAAGGUUUUACUCCUGUCCCUUCUGUUAUUGAACAUGCAUCAGGCUACAGCAGCUCCCAAAGGCGUCACGGCCAGCCUGAAAGCCAGGUGGAGCAUGACACCCUUCCUCCUGGAGGCCAGUGAGUUUAUUGCAGAAGAUGGGAAUGAAAAAUUCUGGCACUUUGUGGACACUGUUAAGGAACUGACUGUUUACAAGCAAGGAGAAUCUGUGCGCUCAUAUUACAACUUGAUUAUCAAAAAGGCAGCUCAGUUCCUGUCACAUCUUCAGGUGAAUCUGCUCCGAUUUGCUCUGGCUAUGCGGUCCUACUCACCCGCUGUCCAUGCUUCCCAACAGAUAGCCAGUGAUGAGCCUCCACCUGAAGGCUGUCCUGCCUUUGUUUCUGUCCACGGUCAGCGCAGCUGCAGCACCAAGGACAUCAAGAAGCUCCUUAAGGCAGCAGCAGGCAGGCAAAAGCCAUACUUAUACAAGAAUGAUCACACAUAUCCAGGAGUCAAUAAAACUGAUGUGCCUGUUGUGAUUCUCUAUGCUGAAAUUGGAACCAAGAAGUUCAACUCGUUUCAUAAGGUGCUGUCAGAGAAAGCAGAGGAAGGCACACUGGUUUAUGUUCUGCGGCAUUUUGUCCUGAAAAUAAAGCCUCAAAACGUGCUUUUAUCAGGAUACGGUGUUGAGUUGGCCAUUAAAAGCACAGAAUACAAAGCUGUGGAUGACACCAAAGUUAAAGAUUCAAAGACGGUUAUAAAUGCUGAGGAUGACAAGAAUGAAGAAGUGCAAGGAUUCUUUUUUGGCACAUUAAAAAAGUCUCAUCCAGAGCUCCAGGAGCAACUUGUUGAAUUUCGGAAGCAUCUCCUGGAAAGUGCUAAUGACCUGGCCCCUCUCAAAGUGUGGGAAAUGCAAGAUUUAAGUUUCCAGGCCGCUGAGAAAAUCAUGUCUGUGCCGAAGUUUGAUGCCUUAAAGGUCAUGCGAGACCUCAGUCAAAACUUUCCAAGCAAGGCAAGAUCACUGACAAGAGUGGCCGUAAAACAGGAAAUGAGAAAAGAAAUUGAGGAGAACCAACAGCGUCUUGGUGAGGCAAUGGGGAUUCAGCCAGGAGACGGGGAGCUGUUUAUAAACGGAUUGCACAUUGAUCUGGACGUUCAUAACCCUUUUAGCCUUUUAGAUAUCCUCAGAGGAGAGGCAAAGGUCUUAGAGGGGCUUCAUAACUUAGGCGUUAAGGGAGAGCAUCAGGGCAAGCUGCUUAGGUUACCUGUGAACGCCGUGGAUGACAGCUACGCCUUGGAUAUCCGACAUCCAGCUAUAAUGUGGAUGAAUGAUAUUGAAAAUGACCAGAUGUACCGAAGCUGGCCAGCAAGUGUGCAGGAGCUCCUUAGAGCCACCUUUCCAGGCGUCAUCCGACAGAUCAGACGUAAUUUCUUUAACCUGGUCUUGUUUUUAGAUCCACUACAGGAAGAAACUGUUGAGUUGGUGAAACUAGCCGAGCUUUUCUUCAAGCAUAAAAUCCCCCUGAGAAUUGGAUUUGUGUUUGUUGUCAACACCAAAGAUGAGAUUGAUGGCUUCUCAGACGCAGGAGUUGGAUUUUACCGGCUACUGAAUUACAUCACAGACGAGUAUGAUUUAUCCCAGGCUGUGAUGUCUAUAGUCUCACUCUACAAGACAGUAAAAGCUGGGGAAACAUUAUCUACCGACACAAUUUCUGCUUACCUGAAGAAAAAAUACCCAAAAGCUGAUGAAGAAAGGAUUUUGGGAGUCGAUUCAGAAUAUGACUAUAAAAGAAAGGAAGGAGCUCUUUUCUACAGGAAGAGUGGCCUAGGUGCCUUGCCUCUGGCUUUAUUUAAUGGGGUUCCUCUGAACCCAGAUGAGAUGGACCCAGAAGAGCUGGAGACCAUAAUCCUGCAGCGCAUAAUGGACACGACUGCUACCUUUCAGAGAGCCGCCUUUAUGGGUCAGUUAACAGAGGGCUCCAAUGUGGUGGACUACAUAAUGGAUCAAGCGAAUGUGGUUCCCAGGAUGAACCCACUCAUUUUGAGCAGUGACCGAAAAUACCUGGACCUGACCGGGACACCAGUUGUAGAUGAUUGGGAGGAUACAACUAUGUUUUCAUACUUGGACUCUAAGGACAAAACAGCUGUGAUGGCUAAAAGACUGAAGUAUUUCACUAAUAGUGAUAAGGAUGGGAUGACUGCUGUGACCAUGUGGGUAGUCGCAGAUUUUGAGAAGGUUUCAGGGCGAAAGCUGUUGCUUAAUGCUUUAAAACAUGUGAAGUCCAGUCCAGGCCUGCGUGUAGGGGUGAUAAAUAACCCCAGUGGAAAGCUCAGCGAAGAUAACACUGUGGUGUACAGAGCUGUCUGGGCCUCUCUCCUCACCCAGAAGAAUAAGGCUGCAUCAGAGUUUGCACAGAAACUCCUAAAAGAAGAGAGCAGCCAGCUCCUUCACCAGGAGACUAAGAUCAAGGACUUGGUUAUGCAGGGAAUGGACCUAGAUGCCUUUGAGAAGAAGUUCAACACACUUGAAUUGGAUUUUAUCCGCAGUCAGCAGAUGUUCUGUCAAGAUGUCCUGAAGCUUCGUCCUGGACAGCGGGCAGUUAUCAGCAAUGGAAGGAUCCUCGGUCCGUUUGAAGAGCAUGAAGAAUUCACUGCAGAGGAUUUUAACUUGCUUGAGAGGAUUACACUGAGUGGUUCAGCAGAGAAAGUCAAAGCCAAAGUAAAACAGAUGGGGAUGAAACCAAAGCAAGCUAGUGACUUGGUCAUGAAAGUGGAUGCCCUGCUCUCUGCAGUCCCUAAAGGAGAGGUUAGAAGAGAUAUCAGCUUUAAAGACACCCAAAGUGUGCUCCAUCUUUCACCACGUGAACAUGAGGUGUUCUAUGAUGUCGUGGCCAUCGUCGAUCCCCUCACUAGAGAGGCGCAGAAGAUUUCUUCACUCCUGAUUGUGCUUAGUCAAGUGGUCAACAUGAAACUGCAGGUGUUUAUGAAUUGCCGGGCCAAGUUGUCCGAGUUUCCCCUCAAGAGUUUUUACAGAUUUGUUUUGGAGCCCGACGUGGCUUUCUUAGCCAACGACACAGCGUCUCCAGGGCCAUUCGCCCGCUUUGAGGAUCUCCCGGAAUCUCCCCUGCUUACCCUUAACAUGAUCACACCGGAGAGCUGGAUGGUGCAAGCAAAGCACAGCCUCUAUGAUCUGGACAACAUCCACUUGCAGGAGGUUAAUGGGGUUGUGGCAGCAGAAUUUGAGCUGGAGCAUCUCUUACUGGAGGGCCACUGCUUUGACCUGUCAACCGGUCAGCCACCACGCGGAUUACAGUUUACCUUGGGCAUGAGUCAGGACCCGCUCAUGUAUGACACCAUUGUCAUGGCUAAUUUGGGAUAUUUCCAGCUGAAGGCUAAUCCAGGAGCCUGGGUUCUGAGAUUACGUCAAGGAAGAUCAGAAGACAUCUAUCAGAUUGUCACACAUGACGGAACUGAUUCCCCACCUGACGCUGAGGAUGUUAUAGUUGUGUUAAACAGUUUCCACAGUAAGAUCAUCAAAGUUAGGGUCCAAAAAAAAGCAGAAAAGAUUAAUGAAGACCUUUUGAGUGAAACCAGUGAAAGCAAAGGAAUAUGGGACUCCAUAGUAAGGAGAUAUUUCCCCUCCCCUGGAUCAAGACUGCAAUAUUAUGCUGUAAGAUCUAGUCUUGCAAAAAAUAUGUGCUUCUGUAGCAUCACAGGUGUUGGCUCAAAGAAGGAUGAAAAAGAGAAGAAAAAGGAAGAUAUUCUUAACAUAUUUUCUGUGGCCUCUGGUCAUCUGUAUGAACGAUUUCUGAGAAUAAUGAUGCUGUCUGUCCUGCGCCAUACAAACACACCUGUCAAGUUCUGGUUCCUUAAAAACUACCUUUCACCUUCUUUUAAGGAGACCAUCUCUCACAUGGCCAAGUCGUAUGGCUUCCAGUAUGAGUUGGUGCAGUACAAAUGGCCCCGCUGGCUCCACCAGCAGACAGAAAAACAGCGGAUUAUUUGGGGAUACAAGAUCCUAUUCCUUGACGUUCUGUUCCCUUUAGCCGUGGACAAGAUCAUUUUUGUGGACGCUGAUCAGAUCGUUCGGGCUGAUUUAAAAGAGUUGAGGGACUUGGACUUAGAAGGAGCUCCCUGUGGCUACACACCAUUUUGUGACAGCCGCAAAGAAAUGGAAGGGUAUCGUUUUUGGAAGAGCGGAUAUUGGGCCUCACAUCUUGGACAAAGGAAAUAUCACAUCAGCGCUCUGUACGUGGUGGAUUUAAAGAAGUUCCGUAAAAUUGCAGCUGGAGACAGAUUGCGGGGUCAGUACCAAGCUUUAAGCCAAGACCCGAACAGUCUGUCCAACCUGGACCAGGACCUUCCUAACAACAUGAUCCAUCAGGUGGCCAUCAAGUCUCUUCCUCAGGAGUGGCUGUGGUGUGAAACGUGGUGUGAUGACGCCUCUAAAGUUACAGCUAAGACCAUCGACCUGUGUAAUAAUCCAAAGACCAAAGAGCCCAAGCUGAUGGCUGCAGCGAGGAUCGUGCCUGAGUGGGUAGAAUAUGACAAGGAGAUAAAGGAGCUGCUAAGGCAAGUCCAGGAACAGACGCCUGCCCCCUCACCACAAAAAAAAGAGAACCGGCGGGAUGAACUUUAGCGUCUGCCAGAAGCAUGGUGAAGAGGAAGCUGGCAGCACCUUUUUGCACGCAGGCCACCUGUGAAGCUUGAAGACAGGCAGUUUCAGCUAAACAUAGCUGUGGAGCGUUCCAUCCCCAGCCGGAUGAAAAGGAUGUGAUAUUUUCAGAGCUGUCAUAUCUGCUUCUGAAGGCAGUAAAAGUCUCACAAACUCAGCACAGGAUUUAAUUGUUAAAGGGCAGCCAGGAACCCACGGCUUGAAGCUCGAUGGUCAGACUGUCGGUAUGCUGCUAGAGGAAAAUCAUAAACAGCAUUUUAAAGCAAUACAUGUUUGCUUUAAGGGAAAUAUCUGGCAUAUGUUGCCCUGUUCAGGCCUUGAUCUUGAUAUCGUUCAGUGUUUCGUAUUAUAAUAAACUCAGCUGUUUUUAUAUUGUUCUUAAUUUAACUGCAAAGCAAGACUUUUCUUUCCCAUUUAAUGGCAAACCAAAGUAGACGGUUUAUAGAUUUCACAAACUGCAUUAUAGACAGUCAGCCAUUUGUUAAACCCAACCCACCUAUAAUAUAGGAUUACUCCUCACAUGGCAUCUCUAACAACACUGUAAAUGUAGCAGUAGGUCCUGCCUUCACUCAUUUUACCCUGCAUGUCUGUUGUUUUGUCCAGCAGUCCCUGACCAACGUUACUCACGCCAGGUUUAAGUGUCUGUUCACCUGACCUUGGCUUCAACGUUCAUAGAAAUGAUUCAUUUUCCAGACUGAUUUUUUUUAGCUUGUUCUUUUAAUGAACCUCAAGCUAGAGUGGAUAUCCUUUAUA